AUGCUGCAAGUGCAGCGCUUAGAGGAGCUUGCAGCCGAAGGACGCAAAGCAGCCAAGAAGAACGAGGUUCGAGAGGGAGCAAGCGGAGUGGGCAUAGGCUGGGCAAAGGUGCUGCGCGAGGCGAAGGUGCGCGCCUCCAAGAGCAAGGGCAGUGAAGUGGUUGGUAACCUGCACGAGGGCGCCCGCGUGCUUGUGGAGGAGGUCUCCUCGAAAGCUGCGCGUAUCCAUCUGCCGUUUGCAGGAUGGAUAUCGCUUGCAAAGGCCUCCGGGCCUGUCCUCGAACAAGACAGUUGCAACCGCCGAGGGUCCGGUGAGAAAUCAGCCACCCAGUGGGUCAUGGAGCACACCCUGGCCCGCCUCCGUCCAGCUGACGGGCACAUCGGAGAGCGUGUGUCCAUGCCCUCCGAAAUGCCUGUACAUCCGCCAGAGUGCCCAGAGCCUGCAGACCAAGAGACAAUGGACACCACUUCAAAGUUAUUCGCCCAGCUCCCCUCAGUGGGCACGUGGCUUGCAGCAACGCCGCCCGUGAGUGCAUUGGCUGCAUUUGCUCAGCCGCACUCGGUAGCCCACACCGAGCCUCCACUGGCCCAGUCCGUGCGCCCAGCCUGUGCGUUCAGCCAUCUUCCCUCCGUGGCUACGUGGUCCAUGCCCUCCGAAAUGCCUGUACAUCCGCCAGAGUGCCCAGAGCCUGCAGACCAAGGGGCAAUGGACACCACUUCAAAGUUAUUCGCCCAGCUCCCCUCAGUGGGCACGUGGCUUGCAGCAACGCCGCCCGUGAGUGCAUUGGCAGCAAUUGACGAAGGAUUUCCAAACCCCAGGGUGGCCCCAACAAAUCCCUUGUUUGUGCAAUUGCCUUCCGUGGGCACAUGGCUGGCCCCAGCCCAGGCUGCAUUUGCUCAGCCGCACUCGGUAGCCCACACCGAGACUCCGCUGGCCGAGUCCGUGCGCCCAGCCAGUGCGUUCACCCAUCUUCCCUCUGUGGCCACGUGGCUUGCGGCAAAGCCUGCGCAAGUUGCAGCCGAAGUUUCAGACCCAGCAGGCCCAGCUACGUCCGUCUGCCGCGCUGAUGGGGCAGAUCCGCGCCUCCUCGGCCACCGGACUGUGGGUGGCAAGCAGCAGAUGCUGCAAGUGCAGCGCUUAGAGGAGCUUGCAGCCGAAGGACGCAAAGCAGCCAAGAAGAACGAGGUUCGAGAGGGAGCAAGCGGAGUGGGCAUAGGCUGGGCAAAGGUGCUGCGCGAGGCGAAGGUGCGCGCCUCCAAGAGCAAGGGCAGUGAAGUGGUUGGUAACCUGCACGAGGGCGCCCGCGUGCUUGUGGAGGAGGUCUCCUCGAAAGCUGAUGGAUGGAUUACGCUUGCAAAGGCCUCCGGGCCUGUCCUCGAACAAGACAGUUGCAACCGCCGAGGGCCCGGUGAGAAAUCAGCCACCCAGUGGGUCAUGGAGCACACCCUGGCCCGCCUCCGUCCAGCUGACGGACACAUCGGAGAGCGUGUGUCCAUGCCCUCCGAAAUGCCUGUACAUCCGCCAGAGUGCCCAGAGCCUGCAGACCAAGGGGCAAUGGACACCACUUCAAAGUUAUUCGCCCAGCUCCCCUCAGUGGGCACGUGGCUUGCAGCAACGCCGCCCGUGAGUGCAUUGGCAGCAAUUGACGAAGGAUUUCCAAACCCCAGGGCGGCCCCAACAAAUCCCUUGUUUGUGCAAUUGCCUUCCGUGGGCACAUGGCUGGUGGCAAUUUGCCACCAGCCAUGUGCCCACGGAAGGCAAUUGCACAAACGCUUGGUGACCCCAGCCCAGGCUGCAUUUGCUCAGCCGCACUCGGUAGCCCACACCGAGCCGCCACUGGCCCAGUCCGUGCGCCCAGCCUGUGCGUUCACCCAUCUUCCCUCCGUGGCUACGUGGUCCAUGCCCUCCGAAAUGCCUGUACAUCCGCCAGAGUGCCCAGAGCCUGCAGACCAAGGGGCAAUGGACACUGCAUUGGCAGCAAUUGACGAAGGAUUUCCAGACCACAGGGCGGCCCCAACAAAUCCCUUGUUUGUGCAAUUGCCUUCCAUGGGCACAUGGCUGGUGGCAAAUGCCUCUAUGGCACAACGCUUGGUGCCCCCAGCCCAGGCUGCAUUUGCUCAGCCGCACUCGGUAGCCCACACCGAGCCUCCACUGGCCCAGUCCGUGCGCCCAGCCUGUGCGUUCACCCAUCUUCCCUCCGUGGCUACGUGGCUUGCGGCAAAGCCUGCGCAAGUUGCAGCCGAAGUCUCAGACCCAGCAGAGCCCACACGACAGCCUUCUCCAGGUUCCACGCCCACAGGCGACUGGUGGCUUGCUUUCCGCAACUCUCUGCAGCAGACGCUGUGCUGCGGCCGUGGAAAGUAG